AUGUAUCACCACAACGAGGCAUUGACGGGUUUCCGCAGAGAACUCUCCACCAUCACAGAAGAGAACAGCGAAGCAUUGUUUACCUGGUCGAUAUGCAACGUCCUGUACGUCUUUGCUACGUCAAAUCCCCUUUACCAGGGUACAGAUGGAGGCCCUACCUCGUUGUUAGCGGCGCAGAGGGAGCAGGUCUUGGGCUCAGAAUGGAUCCCUAUGAUCCGCGGGUUAGAAGCUGUGCUUCAGCCCACUCAUAAUUACUUGCGAUCUGGGAGCAUGAAGGCCAUAAUGAGUACGGGGAACUGGGAUGAUCUCGACCCAGAACAAGCAAGUCAGGACCACGAAGAUGUCCACUUCUGCCGCGCCCUUGAGACUUGGAGAGACUCCGAUUGUGCAGAGGUCUACGAAGAGGCGCUCCAAGUUCUCCGCAAAUGUCGACUUUACUCGUCGCAGUUCCGCGAAAUGGACUCUGAGACGAGGAGUAACUGGGGAUAUAACAAAGAGUGGUCUGCACCUCUGAUGUUCAUUCAUUUUGCACCCGACUCAUACUUCUCCCUCUUACGGCAGAGACAGCCACCAGCUUUGAUCUUGUUUUCCCUGUUUGGGGCACUUCUGCAUAAGAUAAGGGACUACUGGUUCUUGGAGGGCUGGGGCAAAGCGAUAGUGGAGGUAAUAGCAGAUAUUUUGGGGAGCUACUGGAGGGAAUGGUUGCUAUGGCCUUUAGAGGUGAUUCAGGAAUAA